GCUCUCUGUCCCGAGGUCGAUAACUGAGUGUCAGUAGUCAGAGUCGACCCGUGGCGGAUCAGACCGAGCCGUGUACUAUGAGACAUCCGAGGAGCGUGACCCUAUUGGCCCUGGCGGCUUUUCUGGCCUCCGCGGAGGCAGCUGCACUUUUGGGUGCACCACCGUGCCCUGACCCAUAUGGCGUCCACGCGUACCCCCAUCCCGAGUCGUGCAACGCCUUCUUUCUUUGCACGAACGGCACCCUGACCCUCGAAACUUGCGAGAACGGACUACUUUUCGACGGCCAUGGAUCUGUGCACAAUCAUUGCAACUAUCUCUGGGCAGUGCACUGCGGAGAUCGCAAGGCUGACCUCACUCCAAUCAGCAGUCCCGGAUGCGACUUCCAAUUUGGCUUGUAUCCUGCAAGCGACGCGUGCAGUACUACGUACAUCAGGUGUGUUCUUGGACAUCCCGAGGAAGCGCAUUGCGACCCCGGAUUAGUGUACGAAGAGAAGAGCCACACGUGCGUCUGGCCAGAUCAACUAUUGCCCUACUGCAACCCGGAGCAAAUUGUCGGCUUCAAAUGCCCUCACAAAGUACCUGCUCACAGCGCGGCUGCUAAAUUCUGGCCCUUCCCAAGAUUCCCUGUACCAGGCGAUUGUGGUAGAUUGAUUACCUGUGUGGAGGGAAAUCCGCGUCUAAUUACCUGCGGAGACGGAAAACUCUUCGAUUCCGUGAGCUUGGCCUGUUUGGAUCCUGACGAGCUGCCUCACUGCGCCAAUAAUCUAUAAAUAAUGUAGGAAAAUCGGUGACUCUGAAUUAUAGUCGCAAAAUCCUAUAAUCGAAUCCUGACAGUCUUUGGUAACGUAACUGCCCCUUUGAAAACCUGUAAAAUAGGAUUGCACAAAUCGUUGCAAACGUACACGUUUUGUCGGUACAAAAAAAAAAUAUCGAAAUUAAAAUAGAACCAUAAAUUUUCACGUCGAAGCAGGAAAUGUUCAAGUUACUUUAUCCAACCGACUUAAUCCUUGGUUCGAUAAAUUUCCGUGAUCGUUACAAAUUACUUUAUUCUUGCUUCUGUGUGAAUCGUACAAUCUAGCGGUAUCCUAUGUUAAAAGAAAAACACCGAAAAAUAAAUAUUUAACGCGUGAAACUAUGUACAACGAACAUUCGAAUAAAAUGUGGACAUGAGUAGAAAAAAAAAAUAUACAACGUACACUUUAUUUCAACGAAUCUG